UGGAUACACCAGGACACCCACCCCUCAAAUUGAAGAGGAAUAUUCACUGUUUUAGACCCUUUUCAUACCCAGGAAUGUACUCCUAGCAUAAUAUAUGGAGUGAAUAGACAUCUAGGAUAUAUUUCCAAUCGUCAAAAUGUCUGGUCAAAGUAUAGUUGACCGUUUAAAUGCGGCAAAGUAUAGUAUUGCCGGCCGGGGACUAGCCAAAUCUGUAUGCAAGGCCACCACUGAAGAAAUUUUAGGACCCAAGAAAAAGCAUGUCGAUUAUUUAGUGCAAUGUACAAAAGAACCCAACGUAUCAAUACCGGUGUUGGCCAACCUGCUUAUAGAGAGGACACAGGAACAGAAAUGGGUGGUCGUCUUCAAGUCGCUCAUCACGAUACACAAUUUGAUGAAUUAUGGCAACGAGAGAUUUACACAAUACUUGGCAUCAAACACAGGAUUCCAUCUGGAUGGAUUCUCUGACAAAACGACAGUUCAAGAAACUGGAGGCGCGGAGACUGCGGAUAUGUCCAAGUUUAUCCAGCGGUACGCCAAAUAUAUCCAAGAAAAAUCUGCCUCCUACAGAAUAAAUGCAUUCGACUUCUGCAAAAUUAAGCGAGGGAAAGACGACGGUGUUCUUAGAACGAUGAACGGAGAGAAGCUACUAAAGACAUUGCCAACGUUACAGACUCAGUUAGAUGCACUCAUUGCGUUUGAUGCGACCCCAAAUGAACUAACCAAUAACGUCAUUCACACCUGCUUUAUCCUGUUGUUUAAAGACCUCAUCCGACUGUUCGCCUGUUAUAACGAUGGCAUAAUUAACCUAUUAGAAAAGUACUUUGAAAUGAACAAGAAGCAGUGCAAAGAAGGUCUCGAUAUUUACAAGAAAUUUCUAGUCAGAAUGGAUCAAGUAUCUGAGUUCCUGAAAGUCGCAGAAAAUAUGGGCGUAGACCGAGGUGACAUACCAGAUCUUGCUAAGAUGUUUGAGAAAAUCUUUGCUAAGAUUACCGAGAUUCUCCACGAUCCUUCGAAGGCCCCAUCCAGCCUCCUGGACGCUCUCGAGUCUCACCUGGCCUCUCUGGAAGGGAAGAAAGGAGGCUCUACACCAACUGGAAGCGGUGCUGAGGUCACUGCCCGGCCAGCUGGCUUCACAAAUACUGUCAAUAACUUCUCAAAAGCCUCGUCAGGUGGCAUUGGGGCAUCGAGCGUGUCGCCGACGCUGGGCGGGAUCACAGACGACGAGCGGAGGAAGGCUCUGGAACAGGAGGAACAGACCAUGCAACAAUUAAAGAUGGCUGCAUCCCCCACACAACCAAUGCCGCAGCAGCACGUGAACCAGCAGCGGUCGCCGACGAUGGCCCCGACUACCCAGUCGACGAACCCCUUCGCCACAGCUGUUGCCACCUCCUCUGCGAACGACACCGUGGAUCUGUUUGGAAGCAGCGCAACAUUCCAGGCCCAGCCAGCGAGCAUGCCCAGUGAUGACUUACUCGGCCUGGGCACUGGCAAUAGUAACCCAUUCGCAGCGAGCAUGACCACAACAUCGCCGGGACAGCCGGCGAAUAAUUUCAUGGCCCAAUCGUCGACUACUAAUCCUUGGGCUGGGACGGAACCGGCAGCUAAUAAUAAUAUGAAUUUUGGUAUGUCCGCACCUGCCACGAAUAAUGAGAUAAACUUUGAAGCGGCCUUCGGGAAUCAGAGCCAGCCAGGCGUUGGAGCAAGAGCCAAUGGCUUUCCUGCUAGCUCCUCUGUAUUGCCACCGCCAGAUCCUCUCGGUGACCUGGCUAUGGAAACAUUCUCUAGUAUGGGACUCGGCAAGGCGUCUCCGGCUAAGACCCGGAGCAUCUCGCCUGCACCUAUGAUGGGUGGUAGAAGCAUCUCUCCAGCGCCAGGCCUGACCGGGCGAGUUAGCCCCGCUCCUGGGUUCGACCAUGGUGUGUUCGAACCCAGUGGCUCCCCUGCAAUGAGCGCUGGGCUGGACUUUGGCUAUGAUCAACCGGGUAGUGGUUUCGGGCAGGACACUGGGUCAGCCUUUGAUAAGAGCUUUGGAAGUGGGAACCAAGACGUAGGGAUACCUGGCUUUGAGUCGUUGGGAAGCACGGGCCAUGAUACCGGGGUGGGUUUUGAUCAGAGUUUUGGACAGGAAAGCGCACUAUCUGGGUUGGAGGGCCUGUCUACGUCUCCCGGUCUUGGCGGGCUGGAGGGUAUCUCCCCUACCCCCUCUCCUAUCCCAGGAGGUAUGGCAGAUCUCGGUUGCCUUGGGGAUCUCAGUGGUGACCCCAUGCUCUCCCCCGCUCGAGUUUGCCCUAGCAAUGUCUCCCCAGGAACGAAGGACACAGGUUAUGAUGGUUUCGGAGAUGUCAUGCAGCCUGCUUCCCAGCGAGCCCAGCAACAGCAAGGCUCGAGGCUCAUCAAACAGGAUUUAGACAGCAGCUUGGCCAGCAUUGUUGGCAAUUUAAAUAUCAACGGGCCUGGACAGCAUCUUAAAAAAACCGAGCACCAGUGGAGUCCCUCUGCCAAUAAAGGCCAAAAAACUGGUGGCGCCAACUGGCAGGCGCCAAUGCCCGCCGCAACAUUUCAAUCUUGGUCACAGCCAGGCGUGCAAAAUGGGAUCCAGGCUUAUCCCACCACGAGUGGGGUUGCUAACGGCUAUAUACAGCCGACAAUGAGUAGCGUAGGAAAUGGCUACAUAUCACCGCGGCCGAAUAUGAGUGCGGGGUACACAGUGGGUUAUACGCAGUCCCCAGCAAUGGCGCCUAUGAACAUGAAUUAUGGUUAUAACCAGCCUUAUGUUGUACCUGGCCAGCCGACUGGACCCCGGCCUGCGAUGGGUAUGCAGCCUCAGCAGCCCGGGAUGUUCCCACCAGGAACACAACAACAACAGCCCAUGAUGGGCGCACCCCAACCUAAUUUAUUCCAACAACCGGCAAAACCGCAACAGUCACAGCCCCUUGAUCCGUUUGGGUCAUUGUGAAACAAGACCAAAAGUCCUGUGACUGACUAUGUAUGAAUGCUUGCAAGAUAUCAAAGACUCAAAGUGUACAGGUCAAUCAUUAUAGGUGACGGGUUCUGACUAUAAGGAGCCGCAUGUCGCAUUUUGAGAAAAGGGCAAAAAGUGAAGAAAAAGUGAAACCUGUUAUAUGAGUGAUGACUUCCCUGGGUAACUUCAACUGUGUCUGGAGGUGGUUAGAGACCACUGAAGCCAUGUAAUACUGUGAAUAAGUUCCUCCUUCAAAUACUGUUCCUGCUAUAAAGUAACCUUUUAGUAAGGUUUUUUUUCUACUUUAAUACCGCUAAAGCCAUGUAAUACGGCAAAUUAGUUCCUCUUUCAAAUGCUUUUCCUAACAAGUAACCGAAAUUUGGAUGAGGUUUUCUCUUUAAACUUUGUAGAGUGUUGUAGUCCAAAGUCCGUUAUCUCAGGCAAUCCUGAAGAGAUUGUCUCACAUCAUAGAUCAUUUUAAAAGUAAUUUUCUGAGGAACCAUUCCAUAUUUCUAUUUCUUUUUCAAAAUAUUUGCCCUGUGGACUCAUUAUAUUGCCAGUGCCUGUCACAUAUAUAAGGAUAUGUAUAUAAUGUACCGUGUAUCAAGUACUCUAGUAUAAACUGUACAGACGAGAUAGACUUUUUUAGCUGUUUAUAAGGACAAGUUUGCCAAGAGGUAAAAGUCUGUAUUAGACAUAGGGCUAGACUGUGUAUAACAUACUGUGAUGUACAUGACAGCGUAUCAUAAUACUCUGCAGAAAUCUAAAAAUAGGAAUAAGUUCGGUGUAAAGUAGACUCCACGCGGUUGGAGAAUCUCAGUUAUGGCGAGCGUGUGUGGAGAUUUCUUGCGGCCUGAUUACGGCAUUUAUGUGUGCGAGUUUCUGAGUGGUGUGACUCCUUAAGGAUUGACUAUAAUGCACUGCCAUUUUGGCUAGAAUUUGAAAUCCUAAAUCAAUCAAAACCCCUUUAAAAUGUAGUGAAUUCUGAUUUUGAGAGUGGAGGUCUGAUCUUCAAGAGAACAGCCACCCAGGUUUUUAAUGGGCAUUUGUUCCAUUUUGAUUUUUUCCUACUGCUUUAGGAUUUCAAGUUCUAGUCGAAAUUGUCGUGCCCAUGGUCAAUCCUUAAGAUGUUUUGAUAAAUGCAUUGUCUGGGGGGUAAGCGAUGAUGUCUCACUUAACUGGAACGAAUCCAACAGUACAUAAUGCCUAAAAUAAUACGUGACCCGUCGCAGCAAAAUUAUCAUGUGUCGUACAGAAAAUGUGCCUCAGUGACACCAGGAGAUAACGAAAGAAAUUGAUGAACUCCGACUUCGCAAGAAGCAGACAACAGUGAAAUGAACAACCAGUCCGUCUCAACUUGCCAAGAUUAGAGCAACAUGUGCCAGGAUUUGUUGUGACUGGUCAGGUAUGUACUUGUCGGUUGGUUCUAAAUGCGUUUACCGACGUUUCGAUGAGAAAUGUUUACUGGAAACCAUUGUUUGCUGUUCGUACCAUACAUGCCAUAGUAAUAAUGAGUAACUGCAGUUGAUCGUAAAUUCACAUGCAACAAAAUUGUAAUGUUUGUUACCAAAUGACUUUAGCUUUUUGAGUUGUAGUGGGCUUGGUGUAGAUGUUCUGCACAGAGUCGUAACUUAUGAUCACCUCGUUGGAUAAUUUGUUUUCUUUUUUUUAUUUGAAAAAACCGUUAAGGGGUUAAUGAAUUGUCUGUCACUUUACUCCACUGAUACAUAAGUUACACGGAUGUGUUAAGAGGGAGGUUACGAUUAGCAACUUAAACAUGUACAAUAGAACCUCUCUAUUAAGGAUAGUCUUGUUACUGACUAAUGCUGUCAUUAAUUGGGAGAUGUCCUAAUUACAGAGGUCAGAUUCAACGAGAAACCAAUUUGAGACCAAAUGCAUUGUCCUAAAAUAGUGGUGUCCGCUGAAAGUGGUCCCUCUGUACUCUGAGGAGGCACAUAAGGCUUUUACUAUUAUUCUCCACCUUGUCAGUCGGUGGCCUGCUGGUCCAUGGUUCCCUGGUCGGGCAGUCUGCUUCAUCUCCUUCUAUGCUGUACCGUGUAGGCCCUCCCUUGGGUGGCUCUGUUUCUCCUGCCGAUGACUUGAGUGCAGUCUGUGGGAAUGCACCAUGUGGCAUGCGGCACUUAUCCAAUUUGGCCUGGGGUCGUCUUUCUGUUCAGCAUCUGUUUAAGCUGUGGAUUGUAAUCUCUCUGAUGCUUAUCAUUAUUUUAGGAGAGACAUAUUUGACUUUAUAAAACUCAACUGUCUUUAUUUUGUUUUGUUUUGAGGUGUGUAUUUCCACAGUGUGUGUGGCAAUGGCUGUUAUUCAUAUAUGGCUCCAUUGUAUAUGCUAAAAAUAACAAGACAGCAGGUCAAAGUAACCUGCUGUGUUUAUAUAUAUAGAACUUGUAUGUGUGUGUAAGUGUAACAUUGUUGUAAAGUAACGGGCGGGCAUUCUAAUACACAUCACAGAAUUCGGAGAGGUUCACGGUACAUUUUCACACUUUGCUGUAUCCAAUGUACUUUACCUGGAAUUUAAAAACUGAAUUUAGGUGCCCUUUAAUCAACAUAUUGGGGUGUUGAUAUUCGCUUUUGAUAUUUGCUUGGAAAUAUAAGGGCGGGAUGCAGGAUUUAGGAAAGGGGUAGUGCCAGAAUCUGAAAAUAGCCUCCAUUUCAUAAAAUUUCAGUUUGACAUAGAAGUACUUGAUGAAAACCCCUAAUUGUUUCUCUCACACAUCUCACUCUGGAUCUGUGUCUGAACAUGGCACUCGAUAUGGUUUCUUAAGUACUGCUUCUAAAUGAAUGGGUGUCGCGUUUAUGGCAAAGAUUUCCGGAUCAUUUCAAUAUUUGGCAAAAGCUGUUCACUGGCCAUGUUCUUAUCGUACAUAUCAUGAGUGGAGGGGGGUGCUUGGUCUUAAUUAUAACACCCUGGUAUUUUAAAUAAUAAAAUGAAUUAGAAAACAGGUUGUUUUAAAGAAUGCCAUGAAAUAGAAAACGGGUUGUUUUAUAAUCUGUGCAUCAAAAUGGUUAUUUAACCCUUCACUAGUGCUGACACCCUGGUAUUUAAAUAAUGAAAUGAAUUAGAAAGCAGGUUGUUUUGAAGAAUGCCAUGAAAUAGAAAACGGGUUGUUUUAUAAUCUGUGCAUCAAAAUGGUUAUGAAAUCCUUCACUAGUGCAUGAACUUGAUUUAAUCCGUAAUCAAUAUCUUGUGGAGUGACAUAAGCAGUCACACGUCACAUACCAAUAUCGUGAAAAAUUAUGCAGUAAGUGUUCAGUGUGUUGUUAUUUUCUACAUUGGUUAAAGUGGAACGAUUUCUGCACGCAUGAAUGUAAUGGUAUAAAACUCACAUACAAUGUAUAUUCGAGAUAUCAACAGCAAACAUACUUUUGUAUACUCUGUGUAGUCGAUUGAUGGAAUCCUUGGGUCCAGGUUGCUUAGUCACGCAGGUGCUGAUUCACGCUAAAGGGUUAGUGUCUUGGGAUGAUGCCUGGCUGAGACUAAUGAUAGUUACAGUAUUUCUCUGUAGAAGGGCACCGUGGGUAAACUAUCCAAAGUGUAUGCAAAGAGUUGACCUUUUAAGGCAUCUGCAAAAUGUCCUCCAUGAAGGGUCUCUGUAAGUAUCAAUGGUAUAGGCCCAGCAUUAUCUCUUUGCUUCUCCUUUCAAAUGCUAGUUGCAGCUCUUACAUAGCCUGGAGAUUGGGUAAAUAUCACUACACGUAAACUAGCACCAUGAUGACGGCAUUUAGGGUCCGGCUUAAAAUCACUUUAAUGAGAGUUUUGGAAGUGUUGUGUACGAGUCAAUGUGUGUAGUGACUCACAGUGUAGAUAUGGCCUUCUUACAGAACAAAACUUCAUGCUGUAUGCAACAACAUUCCAAACGCUAGGUUGAUGCCGCAUAAUAGAGUUUAUUUCACUGACGUUUGUAAGAAUUAUCAUUCUGGCAAAGCUUGGUGGGGUUAGCUAUAUAUUGUAAGAGUUUUCACGUAGAUUUCUCACCAGAUUUUGUGGCCAGUAGUCGUUUUGCCGGCGGUGUGCGUAUUUAUUUGAAGCUGUUCUGCUCGUAUCUCUAUGAAAUAUUGUACUACAAUGAUACGUGUAUUUCUCUUUGGUUUGAGUAGUGUUGGGAUUGAGUGGUGGCAGUAAGCGUCGUCUUUGAGUGGGGUAUUUGAUAAAAAGAAGCCAUGGGGUGCUGAUAGCAAAUACUGUAGUUCACCAGACCAAUUCUCCCUAAAACUGCUCUCCUUGUCUCGGUCGAACCGAAUUUGUAAAAUGAAUAUUGCACUAAGGAACCCCCUACUUCCUCUAUCAUGUCUAUAUCUGAGCAGACAUGUGAAGUUCUAUCAAAACUCUGAGCUGGGCUGAUGUGACAGACAUUGAAAACCCAGGUGUAGUAGUCCAGUCUGACAGCAGAUUGUACCGUGGGAUCAUAGUCUUGAGGCCAAGGCCUUUUGAGCUAAAAAUCCCAGUACAAUUCCUGUAUAUAUAAAUAGGACUACUAGACGGGGACUUAAUUUACUUUCACGCCAUCGAUGCUGCAUUGGAGGCAGAACUAGUUCUUCCCCUGCAUCGCCAGUCACUGCAGUCCAUAAUCGUCGCCACUUAUUGCCCAACAAUAGCUUCAACUAUCACGAUCCUAAUUUUGUAUCCAUUAUAAAGUGAUGUUUGUGUUAGGAGUCUGUAAAUGUGAUAAUAAAGCUGUAUAAAGGUGUAUAUUUGUUAGAUGAAUCCAAGGUGCGGGCCGAAGUCUACGACCUGUCCACCAGGGGUCACUUUGUCAGUAAAAAGACGCAAUGCUGCAUGGUCAACACUCAAAUUUCACGCCACCUUCCACGGAAAUAUUUCAAAAAGUAUCUGAGAAAUCGUGCUAAUUUACUCGAAUUUCAGAUAUUGACAUAAUAUUAUAAUUAUAAUAAAUUUGCCAGUGGUUUCUUUGGAACUGUCGACCUAACAACAAAUUUCAGAAUGAUAUUAUCAAGAAUUGCACCAGAGAAGUAUUUUCGCAUGCUGAUUUCAGUUUUAAUUUUUUAUAAUCCAUAUAUAUACAAAUUGGGAUUCAUUUUCUUGUGAUUGAAAUCAAUAAUAAUUCAAAACUAUAGGUUGAAAUGAAUGAAAAAUGAGACCAUAUUAUUCUAGCUAAGUUAGCAGACUUGUCCAAGUGCUUGUUUCGAAACGAGGGACAAGGUUGCAACUGUGAAGGUUGAGGAAAUGAGUGUAACCUGUUUGUAUUGCGGAAUGCCUUCAUCAUGUUCAUCAAUAAUGAAUUAAUUUGAUCAAAAUUUGAGCAUAUCGAUUUUUGUGAUGGCUGUUCAUAAAGUGUAAUAGUGACAGUCAUCGGGUUCAAAAUGAAGAAAACUUUCUGGAAAAGUUCAAAAUAGAGAAAAUUUUCCUGGGAAAGUUCAAAAUAGAGAGUAUUUUCCCAGGAAAGUUCAAUAUGGAGAAAAUUUCCUGGAAAAGUUCAAAAUAGAGAGAGAAAAAGUUCAGGAAAGCUAAAAAUUGAGAAAUUUUCCGGAGAAAGUUCAAAAUAGAGAAAAAUUCCUGGGAAAGUGCAACAUAGUGAAAAUUUCCUGGGAAAUUUCAAACUGGAGAACAGUUCCAGGGAAAGUACAUGCUACAACUUGCUUCUCUGAUCCUCUUCUCAAAUUUGACUGUGGCCAUGUAGAUGACCUGUUAUUUGUGAUCACGGGACUUUGAUGAUAUCAGUGUACAGAUAAAUAUGUAACUAAUUAAUGUUAAAUCAGCAAUGUGCUGUGUGGAUUAAAUGAAGUAGACUGCAA